AUGUGCCCUGUGCAUCUGGCUCAGGGCAUUUGUAUUUUGAUAGGGGGCAGUUCCGAAGUGCCGACGCAAGCCAAAGUCGAUGCGGUAAACAAACUCGCCGAGAAAUUCCAAAAGAGCACAAUCGUCAUCACAACCAACUACUCCGGUCUUCCGGUGGAUGAAAUGACGGAAUUGAGGCGCGCGCUCCGCGAGGCCGGAGUCGAGUAUCGCGUCAUAAAUCGAGAGUACGCCCUUCGCAGUCUGGCCGCGGAUGAGCGGGCAGCGCCUGCGGUAAACAGGAUUGUCAUAGAUGGACCAACCGGCGUUGCCUUCGGCUAUGGAGAGCCUACGGAGCCUGCGAAGGCCCUGAGCGGGUUCAUUCGCUCCACCCGGUCGGCCCUGACGAUCCUGGGAAGUGAGAUGGAUGGCCGCGCCUAUCCGGUGCCGACGUUGAACGUCUAG